AUGGAAUAUGAUGAUCAAGACACUCUGAAAAUGAAUGAAAGCGAGUCCAUUUAUGGGACCACAUUGUCCCAAGAAUCAAUAAAAGUGAUUGCAGAAAGUAUAGGUGUUGGAAAUUUUCCAGAUGAAGCUGCUAAAGAUCUUGCAGAAGAUGUAAGCUAUAGGCUCAAAGAAAUUAUACAGGAUGCUGCUAAAUUUAUGAGACAUGGCAAACGUCAACGUAUGACAACACAUGAUAUUGAUCAUGCUUUAAAAAUAAAAAAUAUCGAGCCUACAUAUGGUUUUUUUGCCAAAGAUCAUGUACCAUUUCGUUUUGCUUCUGGUGGGGGGCGUGAAUUACAUUUUGUAGAGGAAAAAGAAAUUGAUCUUAAUGAAGUUAUAUCAGUGUCUAGUGGACAAACAUGGCCUAAAUUACCUUUAGAAAUUACAAUACGUGCUCAUUGGCUCUGUAUAGAUGGUGUUCAACCAACAAUACCGGAAAAUCCACCUCCGGUCUCUAAAGAUGUUCAGAAGUUAGAAAGUGUUGAUCCAACGAGUAAACUUACAAACAAGAGUCAGAAUAUUGGUGUUGGGAAACCAGGUGGUGGUGGCAAGAGUCAGAAAUUACGUAAUGUAGAAACUGUUCAUGUCAAACAAUUGGCAACUCAUGAGUUGAGCGUUGAACAACAGUUAUACUACAAAGAAAUUACAGAAGCCUGUGUUGGAUCAGAUGAAGCACGCAGAGCAGAAGCAUUGCAAUCUCUUUCAGCUGAUCCUGGUUUACAUGAGAUGUUAGCACGUAUGUGUACCUUUAUUGCAGAAGGUGUUCGUGUUAAUGUAGUACAAAAUCACCUUGCACUUCUCAUUUAUCUGAUGCGUAUGGUGAAGGCUCUUUUGGACAAUCCCAGCCUUUACUUGGAAAAAUAUUUGCAUGAAUUGAUACCAUCUAUCGCAACGUGUAUAGUUUCGCGCCAACUAUGUAUGAGACCAGAAGUAGACAACCACUGGGCUCUUCGUGAUUUUGCAUCGCGUCUUAUGGCUCAAAUUUGCAAAAAUUUUAACACUUCCACAAAUAAUGUACAAACCAGAGUAACUAGAAUGUUUAGUCAAGCCUUGGCUAAAAAUAGUCAGACUCCAUUGGCGUCACUAUAUGGUGCAAUUGAAGGGCUAUGUGAAUUAGGUCCAGAAGUAAUUAAAGCGUUAGUUAUUCCUAAAAUUAAAUCGAUUUCCGAACGUAUCGAAUCGUGUAUCGAAGGACCAGGUUUGUCGAGCGUGGAUAAAAAUGGAGCAGGACACAUAAAGACUCUACUUGUGAAAUCGGUGGCGCCUGUUUUAAAGACGAUACGAUCUCCACCAGAUUAUGUGGAAGAUUACAAACAAGAUUAUGGUUAUAUAGGUCCUGCAUUAUGUGCAGCUGUUGCAAAGGCUCGGACACAGCCAGCUACUUUAGCAACAACUGCAUCUACAACAACAGCUUUAACAACGAGCCAACAGGGUCCCACAUGCGCUGGAAAAACUAUUGUACAAGCUGUGACGAGCUCUAGUCCUGGGCAACAAACUGGGCGUACAAUUAUGCUUGGUACAAGUAGAACUGCUGGUGGAACUACCACGAGUGGAGGACAGAAAUUCGUUAUUUUACAAUCUCGAUCUCAAACACCAACUGCUACAAAUAUUAAUACUAAUGCGAUACAACAACAACAACCUCAACAACAGCAACAAUCACAACAGCAACAAGUUAAAAUAGCUCAAACCAAUGUUACUCAACAAAAAACGCACAUACAAAGUAAUGCACCAAAAUUGGUGGUUGUUUGUAUGGCUAGUAGUAACCACGGGACCACUACAGUAACACAGGGAAAUAUAACAAAGGCACAGAACGUGUUUGUUACCCAGCAGAACGUUGAGUGUUCAUUGAGUCCAGAAGAAGAGCAUUCUUUCCAGUGA